GCGCCUGCGCGCUGGGGGCAACCGUUGCAGGGCGCCGACGGCCCCGAGGCGGCGACGGUCGCCGCAGACGCCCCCUCGUUUCGGUGCUGAGGUACCCGGCCCGGCGGCCCAGGACGUUCCCGUCGCAUGGCGGAGUGCUGCGGACGAUGCCCAUGAAGUCCUUGGUCCUCGUAGCAGCGCUGUUGCUCUGGCCUUCGUCCGUGCCGGCCUAUCCGAGCAUAACCGUGACACCUGACGAAGAACAAAACUUAAAUCAUUAUGUAGAAGUUUUACAGAACCUAAUACUAAGUGUUCCUACGAAGGAGCCAGGUCAUGAGAAAAAAUUAAAGUCUCCAAAUAAUGUUUAUUCUAUAGGACCGAAGGUAUCAAAAUUAAAGGAGAUAAUCACACAUGGAGACUCUUCAACUGAAAAUGAUGUUUUAAUCAAUGCUGCUGGUGAAGAAACCACAGCUUCCCCUACUGGAGGCUUCACACUGGAAGUAAGCAAGAGAAAACCUACUGAAGUUACAGCAUUCUGGUCAAUUAAACCAAAUAAUGUUUCUGUUGUUUUACGCACAGACGAACCUUAUAUUAUAAAAGAGCCAGAGCCAGAGCCAGAAACAAAACCAACUGAGGGACCAAAGCCAUUGCCUACUAUUACCAAAGACUACAUAAGUCCAGAUGCCACCUCAGCCCAUCCAUCUGUCACCUCUUUAAAUAGGUACACUGACAUGGAUACCAUCACAGAACCAGAAGACGUUCCUCAGCUCUCAGGUGAAUACGAAGUGGACAAGCCUGAGUUACAAACAUUUGUAAGACAGCCACAGCUUUUGAGUAAUGAUGACAUUUUGAAAAAAAUUUCAGAUAUUAAGUCACAGGUACAACGGGUACCUCUUGCUGAAAGCCUCAAGCCAGAAUACAGAGAGGAUAUUCGAGCCUCUAGAGAGCAUCUAAAACGAAGCCUUGCGUUAGCAGAAGCAGCAGAACAUAAACUACAAAAAAUGUACAGAUCCCAGCUAUUACCAGUAGGACAAAGCAGUAGUGGAAUUGAGGACAUUGAAAGUUUUAUUAACAUGCUGUACAAUUCCAGAUCUAAAUUACCUGAAUAUUUAGAUAUUAGAUAUGUUCCACCAGAGAUGAGAGGAAAAGCAACUACAAUAUACAAUGCAUUGAGAAAAAUAUUAUGUGUAAGUCGACUAGAAACUCAAAACCUUAUUAGGGAGUUAUUAAACAAUAAUAUAAAAAUGUUAAACCUACUUGAUAUUCCAUGACAAAGUUGAUUUAAGGGAACUGUGCAUUUGUUUCAUUGGAGAAAUAAACAUAUUAGUGAUUCACAAGUUGGAUGAAAAUAUUUUCUAUCGUUGUUGAAUGUGCUAACAUCUUUACAUGUCAUAUAUUAUAAAAUUUUCGUAUGCCCUAAAGCUGAAUAAUUUAAAAUAAAAUUUUGGUUCAGGAGUUUGUAGUUUUUUUUCUCAUUAAUUAAAAAUUGUGAAGAUCUAAUCUUUAAAAUGUUUAAGCUUUGAUUUUACUUGAUUAGUUAAAUUCACCCAUUUUAUGAGUUAAGAGACUGUGUGCAAUCUGUAGACUGUUUUAAAUAAUUGAAUAUAAAUAUAAAAUUUUAGUACAUAUGGUCUUUAUUACUCUUCCAGAGAAUCUGAGUUUUCUGCUUGAAUAGCAAAGUUGGAACUUGAAUCAGCACUUUUAUUUGUAUAUCUGUCUGUCUCCUUUGAAAGGUGGAUGAUAUAUGAAGGUACAUCCCUGUUUCUUUAUUAAGUACUUUGGAGUAUCAGUGAGUGACUGUAACUUGGAUUUGAAAUGUAGCCAUUCUCACUCAUUUCCUGUUGUUUGUUUUGAUACCUAUACAGUGAAGCACUGCAAAUCUUUUAUAGGAGUAUGACUAACAUGAUUAAGGUUAACUGGGUAAUAUUGUGAUUAUGGCGCAUAUAAUUUCUCUUUCAUGAUUUGACCAGCAUUAUAUUUAAAUUCAUUUAUCUAUUCCUUCAUCAAACCAGUCAUUUAUAGUUCAGUGGAGAUUUAUUGACUUUAUACUAUGUGCAGAACAAAAUGCUAAGCUUUGGGGAUAUAGUAAGACCUAUUUCCUUCUCUCUUGGAGAUUGUAUUAUAGGAGGAAAGACAAGACAUUAAAUAAAUAACUUCGAUAAUUUUAAAUUCUCAGUUGUGACAAGUUGUUACGAAUCUGUGAGAAAUUUGACCUCACCUAGACCAAAAAAAUGCUACCUAGAAAGUAGCAUUUAAGGUGUGAUCUGAAAGGUAAGAGUGUGUACACAGGGAAGCAGCAUUCCAGGCAGAGGGAGCAGCAAGUGUGAUGCUCUGAGUUGGGAAUGAGUAUGGCAAGUUCAAGAAGUAGCUGGAGUGUAGAAAGGUAAGGCCCUUCCACAGAACACCUCAAGGUGAGCUGGUGAGGUACAUGGGAUUGGAACAGACUCUGCAGGACUUAAACUGUAUACGUAUUGACAAUGCUGGCUGUUCUCCUACGAUCAGUGAGAAGCAUUUGUGGAUUUUAAGCAAAGGAUGGGUAUGAUUAAAUUUGUGUUUUUAAAAAACCACUCUGGCAGUGGUUUUGGAGGUAGAUUGAAGUAGAAGUGCACUAGGUAAAGGGCAAAUUUAGUUUGGACUUGUUUGAAAGAAGUGUUCAUUUAGGGACGCCUGGGUGGCUCAGCGGUUUGGCGCCUGCCCUACCGCCCUGGAGUCCCGGGAUUGCGUCCCACAUCGAACUCCCUGCAUGGAGCCUGCUUCUCCCUCUGCCUGUGUCUCUGCCUCUCUCUCUGUCUUUCAUGAAUAAAAAAAAAAAAAAGUGUUCAUUUAGAAGUAGAUUCAGCAGUGUUUGGUGAUUGCAUGGGCAUGGAGACAGAGUAGCAGGGUUCAAAAAUAAUUCCUCUACAGUUAGCUAUAUCAUUAAAAAGCCCACAUAGGUUUUGUUUCACAGUAAUACUCUACUGUUUCCUGUUGCUUGUUUUUUGUUUUUUUUUUUAACUGUGUGUAUUGCUUGUUUAUAAAAUUAAUUUUACCAUGGAAGAUUUCAAGCAUGUGAAAAAGUAAACAGAUUAAUGUAAUAGACGUAUGUACCUAAUGUCCAGUACAACAGUGACCUACUAAUGACCAGUCUUGUUUCACUGAAACCCUCACCCUUCCCCCUUUCUCCUAUUUUAUGUUGAAUUAAAUCCCAGAUACUUUUUCAUUUCGUUUGUAAAUAUUACAGUGUGAAGCUCUUUAACUCUUUUUUAAAAAAUGACCACAAUAUCACCACACAUACAAAUUUAAAAAUUCUUUAGUUUAUCAUCAGAUAUCCAGUCAUUGUUCAAAUUUCCAACUGUCUAAUAAUUUUUUUAAAUUUAGAGUUUGUAUGAAUCAAAGAUCCAAAUAAAGUUCACACAUUGAGAUUGGU